AUGGCUGCCGAUCCCAACGCCGCAGCCUCACCGGCGGCUCCUCACGAACCUCCUUUUACAUACACGCCCAACCGAGGCUACGAACCUUUGCAGGACGUGCCUCCGGAAGUACGCAUGCCCCGCGGCACCCCGCAUCCGGACGGGCUCGAUGACGACGAUGACGACUUGGACGACAUUUUUGAGGAAGACGACGACGUAGACGACGACGACUGGGCUGCCGAUGGCGAUCUCACCAAGACCUACAACCGCCAACGCCAGCUCAACGAGUCCGAUGGCGGCGCCGCGCUGCCUCGGGCGAACCAGCAGAAACCAAAGGCCAACACGUUCGCCAGCGUCGACGACCAGGUCUCGGCCCUCUCCAAGCACGCGGCCAAGAUUCGGCUCGACAGCGUGAAGCAGGAUGGCGACAAGGACAAGGAAAAGGACAAGGCCGACCGCGCCACCAGCGAGCAGGUCCUUGACCAGCGCACGCGCAUGAUCCUGCUGCAGAUGAUCAACCGCGGCGCCGUCAGCGAGGUCCACGGCGCCAUCAGCACCGGCAAGGAGGCCAACGUCUACGGCGCCGUCCUGCACGACGAUUCCUCGGGCGAGACGACGCAUCGCGCCAUCAAGGUCUACAAGACGGCCAUCCUCGUCUUCAAGGACCGCGAGCGGUACAUCACCGGCGAGCACCGCUUCAAGGGCGGCUUCGACAAGGGCAACAGCCGCAAGAUGGUCAAGCUGUGGGCCGAGAAGGAGUACCGAAACCUGCGGAGAAUCUACAACGCCGGCAUCCCUUGUCCCGAGCCCAUCCAGCUCAAGCUGCACGUCCUCGUCAUGGGCUUCCUGGGCGACAGGAAAGGCUGGGCGUUCCCACGCCUGCGAGACGCCGUUCUCGCCGGCGACGACGUGGACCGGCAGUGGAGGUCUCUCUACGUGCAGCUGCUCGGCAUCAUGCGGAAAAUGUACCAGGUCUGCCGCCUCGUCCACGCCGAUCUCAGCGAGUACAACAUCCUCUACAACAAGGACAAGCUCUACAUCAUCGACGUCUCCCAGAGCGUCGAGCCAGACCACCCCCGCUCCCUCGAGUUCCUGCGCAUGGACAUCAAGAACGUCGGCGACUUCUUCCGCCGCAAGGGCGUCGACACCCUCUCCGACCGCGCCAUCUUCAACUUCAUCACGGCGCCGACGGGGCCCGUCGAGGAGCCGGACAUGGCCGCCGCCAUCGAGAAGCUCUACGAGCUGAUGCACAUGGCCGAGAACGACGACGACGCGGCCGAGCGCGAGGUCGACAACGAAGUCUUUCGAAACCAGUACAUCCCCCAGACGCUCGAGCAGGUCUACGACAUUGAAAAGGACGCCCAACGGGUCGGCAAGGGCGAGGGCAACGAUUUGAUCUACAGCAACCUGCUCGCCGACCAAGUCGUCAAUCCCAAACGCGAGGAUGCCGAGCCGUCGGAAUCUUCCGACGAGUCCGACAACGGCGCCGAGCUGUCGUCUGAUGACCAGUCUGGAGACGAGAGCCGAUUUGACAAGGGCAGGCCUCGGGGCCGCCGCUUCGAGAACAAGGACGAGAAACGGUUACACAAGCAGGCCGUCAAGGAAGCCAAGCGUGAGAAGCGCAAGGAUAAGAUUCCCAAGGCCGUGAAGAAGAAGCUCGUGUCGACGACGUCGCGGAAGAAGAAAUGA